CCAAGGAAGAGGUCAAGAUAAAGGCCCUGGUGAUCAUAAGGAACGCGAUGGGCCACCUACUGAAGAAGGAAGCCAGCCCCAUUGCUGUGCAGCUGGUUGGGGACCUCCUGCCCCUCUUUGAUGGAGAGUCCAGCCAGCUGCGAGAGCUCUCCAUCCGCCUCUUCAGAGUCCUGCUGGACUCGGUGGUGAGGAGCGACAAGAGGAGGAUGAGGAGCAGCACACGGGGCUUUCUGGUCCCGCUCUUCCUCCACAUGAGCGACCAGAGCGACAGCGUGGCCGAGGCCUCCAGGGAAGCGCUCCUUGCUUCAGCAACGCUCCUCGGGUGGCGAGAGCUCCAACACCUCCUGAAGACAAGGCAGACAUGGAGGAUUGCAGAGUGCUUGCUGGAGCGGAGCAGGAAAAGGGCUGAGGAAUACCUGGACCAGAGCGUGCCGUACCUGGAGGAUGCUCAGGCCCCCUUGCGAGAGGCAGCCAUCAGGUUCAUCGGACUGGCCGCACGGCCCCUAAGGGGCAGGAACGAGCUGAAGCUGGAGCAGAUCUGCCGAGCCCUUGAGACGCUGCCGGAGGAAAGUGAUCCCGUCAUCUGUUCCCUGGCAAUUCAGACCGUGCUCAUCCUGAGAAGGCCACCGGUGCGGCGCACAUUGGGAUGGCGCCUGCGAGCGCUCUGCUGCUGAUGCUGGACAGCUGGGAGCGGCAGCCCUUUCCUUAGGGAAAGGGGUGUCAUCCUUAAACCUGGACUAAAGAGCUUCAGAAACAAAAGAGCUAAAAGAGCGGCUCCUGAGCUGCCGCGUUCCCAGCGCUCCAUCUUCUGGAGACAGCAGGGGCAGAGGGACCCUUGCUCUGAAUAGCACCAGGCAGCAGAGAGGCAUCCAGCCAGCACAGACUCCAAACCUGACACCAUGUCAUCCAGCAAUAAAGAAGUGGAGGUUUUGUAAAGGGC